AUAAAUAGCGUGUAAAGUACGUAAAAACACUCAAAAAGUUUUUAUACAUAGGACAUUCAUCAUGUUUGCAUAUUUACUCUUACUGAGCGCUUUCGUUUUAAUACAGGUAGAUUCCACCAUAGUGAAAGUUUGCGAAGACGGAUCAGAAUGUAGAAGAAGAGAAUGCUGUGUUAGCAUUGCAGGUCAUCAAACCUGCAUGAAAAGACCUAUAACAGGCGGUUAUUGUAAUCCAAAUGGAGGAAAUUUUCUGGACGAAGAAAAGGAAAUUUACGAAGCUUCUUGUCCCUGUCCUGCAGAUCAAACAUGUAUCCUCGGAAAGAAAUUAAGAUAUAAGGUGUACACAUGUAAACGGAAUAAGUUCAUAAAAACAACUACAGAACAACCAGAAGUUAUUGAAGAAAUUGUAACUACAGAACAACCAGAAGUUAUUGAAGAAAUUGUAACUACAGAAGAACCAGAAGUUAUUGAAGAAAUUGUAACUACAGAUCAACCAGAAGUUAUUGAAGAAAUUUUAACUACAGAACAACCAGAAGUUAUUGAAGAAAUUGUAAAUACAGAAGAACCAGAAGUUGAGGAAAUUGUGACUACAGAAACAAGUGAAGAAAUUAUAAGUGUAGAAAAUCCAGAAAAUAUAGAAAACCCAGAAGAGUCUAACCAAUGAACAGAAACAACACAAAGAAUAUUACUAUAAAAUAGAAUUAUUUUUUUCUGAUAUUUCUAUACUAAUCAAAAUAAAUUUAUUUGUGUAAAAU